CUGGGACAAAGUUACAGUAGGCGCGUAUAAAAUUCUGGGAUUUGUCGCGGCUGUAACAUUGAUGACUAUGAGACGAUUUCUGCUACGCAGCGAAACAAUAGAAAACGUCUUGGAAGCACUUGAUAAUAUAACCGAAGAAACAUCCGAGGUGAUUGUGAAUAAAGCAAUUGAACUAUGGCAGCAAAGUGGAUCGGCCUUGGUAUCGAUGUCACAAAGUACAGUGAACAUAGUACAAAGUAAUUAAUUGUCCGCAUCCGUACAAUUUUGAACAUGUAAGGAGUCUCUUCAUUCUCUAAUGCUUCAUAUAAAGUCGAAACUAUUCUGAAUAAGUUUUAUGAUAAAUCGCUGAGUAGUGUAACAGAAUUUGCAAAAUAAAACUAUAUCCAUUUUACUGUUA